CAUGCGGUAUUGGUAUCAAGCACAUGUACUUUUAACAUGGACGAAAUUAACUUAGAAAAACGUAUUGUCACUUGAUUUCAUUUUGCUCUUCCUUUGUAAUGUGUCAAAGGAGUUUCCACGUGCACGCGUGAGAUAAUAGACCGCUGUUCAUACAGUGACGCCAGAAGGUUUUGAGACCUUGGUAAUUUUGCAUGUUACAUCAUACAGGUUUUCCAAAGUGCGACACGGAGCAGUUUGUGUGUAAUAACGGCAGAUGUGUGCCUCUGAAUCUUCGCUGUGAUGGUGUGGAUGAAUGUGGAGAUAACAGCGAUGAGAUUUCAUGUUUUAAUUGCACUAGUGGCUCCUUCCACUGUGUGGCAGCAGCGCGCUGCGUCCCUUCUCGUAGCGUCUGUGAUGGCACGCCGGACUGCUCUGAUGGAGCAGAUGAACAGUUAGACACGUGCGCACACACAUGUGCUAGGUCCCAGUUCAGGUGCACGAAUGGACGCUGUGUGCCCAGUUCAGGAAGGUGUGACAACAUCAAAGACUGUGAAGAUGGCAGCGAUGAAGAGAACUGUGAUGAAAACGAAUGUGAGGUUAAUAACGGUGGCUGCUCUCACCUGUGUAUUGAUCUACCUCUUGGUUUCAUGUGUGACUGCCCCAGUGGAAUGAGGCUGGUCCAGGACACGCAUUGUCAGGAUGUGGACCACUGUCUUGAAUUAGAUGUGUGUGGUCAAAUUUGUGUCCGUACCAAUGGAUCUCUUGCGUGUGACUGUCAGGAGGGGUAUGUGCUGACCGCUGGGACUGGACAGUGCAAGUCUACAAGUGUUGCUGCUCAUGUGGUGGUCAGCACUCAUGAGGGGGUUAAAUGGAUGGACCUCAGCGGCUCUGAGCAAAGAAACAUCACAUAUAAAAGAGCCUCACCAGGACCUGUUUCAGCACUUAAUGCAAAGAACACGUUAUAUUGGACCAGUCCUGAGAAUGACAUCAUUUACAGGGUGUCUUUAGACUCCAGUGACUAUAGACCAGCUGUGUUGUUGAAGGCUUCCGAAGGUGUUCUGGGAUUGGCAGUAGACUGGAUCCAUGAGCUUCUGUACUGGGUCAGCACCAACACUCAUGCUCUACAUGUGGCCUCACUGAAUGGCUCCAAACAAAGUGAGCUCAUCUCUGGCCUCUCCAGACCUACUGCAGUUGCUGUCCAGCCACUGCUAGGGUAUGUGUUCUGGGCAGAUAGUGAGGCGUCUCCCAGAAUUGAGCGUGCCAGUUUGGAUGGGACGAGAAGAAUAGCGCUGAUAACUUCAUAUAUACGCUGUCCUGUUGCAAUCUCCUUAGAUAUUCCUCGUGGUCUGCUUUACUGGGCUGACUCAGGUCUGCGCACCAUAUCAAGGGUUGCAUUUGAUGGGCAACAUAGAAAGACAGUUGUAGAGUCCAAUGGAUAUCUGGAUAAACCGUUUGGACUGGCCAUAUUUGAGAGUCGAGUGUACUGGAGUGACCAAUUGACCAACUCUAUUUGUAGUGCAGACAAGCACAAUGGCAACAUGCUCCAGGUUUCCCAGACACUUGGUUCUGUUUCACCGGCUGGACUGGUCAUCCUUCAUCCGCUGCUACAGCCUAAAGGCAGUGAUCCAUUGGAGUCAAAAACAAGAACGCUACUUCCUGAUUCACAGUUUGCAUGGCUCCUCUCAUUGACUGUCAUCAUCAGUUUGCUGUUGGUGGGGGCAGUGCUGUGGCGGCAGAGGUCUGAGUUCUGUGCCCCUCGUUCUCUGUCUUCUCUCGGAGAAGUGACACUGAAAGAAUCCCAAGAUCCUCUUCUGUUAUCCAGGCUGCCUAUAGUACAUGAGCAUAAAGCUGACACACAGGGUGCUUCAACGGACUGAUAUGGACAGAAGUUUCCUGUGACAGGAACUGUAGCCUUCUUGUGGUGGAUAUCACAGCCCCCCCUUUCCUGUUUGUGUUUGUACAGUACAGUGAGACAGACAGACGGAUUCCACACAAACAUCUUGCUUGGUGACCCCAAAAAAUGUUACCAAAUGUCUGUUAAUGAUCGAUAAUCGUAUAGAACAAUGGUCAAACUAAGUGUUCAGUGAAACAUGUUUGUCUUUAUAAAAAAAUAAUACGCCAUAGUCACAAUCAGAUAUUUUUUUGUGUGUGUCUUUAACUUAAUUUUAUCUGUCUGAAUUAUAGAUAUGUAACUGUAUGCAAUAUAUUGCUUCUGUGGAUUAUAUUGGAUACAGAAUGGCAAAAUGUCACCAUCAUGGUGUUCUGAGCUUCCGGUCAUUAAUGAAUAAUAAUAGUACACCAGAGUCAUUACGUGACGUUUAUCAGCUUUAAGCUUGUUUUAGGGUGCUAUUCUGUUUCUACUGCUGUAAUUUAUGAAGUUAUAAACGUCUGUUCACCAUUGAAUUCAUAGACUCAUAAAUUGACAAAUCUCUGUAAUGUGUGCCUAGAGACAAAAUCAGUUAGGAAAAUAUUUUCUUUUUAAAUUCACUGUUGCUUUAGACUACAGAGGUGAUUGUUAUAUUUAUUGAGUGAUUCAUGUUUGGAGAGAGAAAAAAAGAAAUGCUAUUUAUUUUUUGCAGUUUGGAUCAUUUUUCCUGUUCUCUUUAAGUUAUAGUGAUAAAACGUAAUCAUUUAGCUGUAAAAUAGAUUCUUGUGCUUCCUUCUGAUUGUACAUAGUUUGAAAAAAAAGGUGUUUUAAAUGUUUCUAAUGACUCCUGAUAAAGUGAUCUGCUGGGGUUGGAGAAAUGCAAUAAAAAAAAAAUGUUUCCCCUUA